AAGUUUACCCAUCCAGUCCACAUGUGAGUAAACGAUCUAUCGAUUUUACUGAGAGUAUGAGACCAAAUGUGGGGGUAAUUAGUAACAAAAUUAAAACUAUAGGGUGACAAAUUGCAAUAAUCCGAGAGUGUAUGGAAGAACAAUCAAACCAAAAAACAAAAGAAAAGAAACAAAAGGUUGGUCGAUUUGAGUAUUGAGUUGAAUCAAAGAUUGGUCCUUCUUCUCUCUCUUUUAAAAAAAGUUUAAGUUCGUGUGAUCUCUCAGAACGCUUUUACUGUGCUUCCUCCUCAUCAAAUUCUCCGUCCCUACUUAGUUUCAAUCAAGUUUUGUACGAAAAGCAAGAAUCUUUAAAACCAAGGGGUCCUGUCUUUAUAAUCAAAGUGUGUCCUUAAACCAAUGUUGAGUUGGCCCAGUGGUAAAGAAGUUACGGAUGUAACUACUGCCACCUGGAUUUAAUUUACGGUGGAAAAGACUAUUUACAAUGCUUGAGUUCCCGGUAAAAAGGUAAAAUCACCUUUUUUUAGACCAAAAAAAGCGUGUCCUUAAAAUUCUGAUCAGAUCAAAGAGAUUAAGAUAGAUAGAUUCAUAGAUUACCCUUUUCUUUUGGUUCACUUCGCUCUCUCCUCAGGUUUCGAGAAAUUAGUUUCAUUUUUCCCAAUGAAAUUGUUACACAGUAAUUUAAUUUAAAUUAAUUAAUUAUAUUAUGACUAAAAUUCCCUAAUAUAUGUAUGAGAUAGUAUAUUGUUUGGAUUUGGUUAGUUGGGUUUAAAGGAAUUGUAAGAGGCUUCAACAAGAGAGGCCCAGAUAUUGAAAACCAAGAAAGAGCGAGAAAACUUAAACAGUGCCGUGAAGAAAAAACAAAACAGGGAAUAUCUUUUUUCUAAUUUCCUCAAAGCAAAACCUAACUAACCUUAAGAGAUUACGAGAAUUGAGAGAGUGAGAGAUGGAUUCCUCCGUGUUUAGAUGGGCGAGGGAGAAGCUGGAGAAGGAACACAGAGAGAGCAAGGAAAGUGGGAAGCUGAAACUCGAACGAGAGAAGAAAGACAAGGAUGCUGCGGAAAGGCAACGCCGAGCCGUUGAAGCUUCUCAAAGAGCCACAAGGCUUGAAGCCAUUGAAGCCCAGAUGAUGAAGGUUGAGGAACCUAGAAAACGUGAAGGUUAUACUAUACCUCCAUGGAUAUUGAAGAAGACUAAUAUGCCGCCACAAGACGAGGAGGAGGUUUUUAGAUGGGAUGAUGAAGAAAAAGGUGCCGAGGGGGAAGUAGGAGACGCUCCUGGUACAGGAAAGUUUACUUGUAAUGAAGAUGAAGAAAAAGAAGAAGAAAGACGACAACGAUAUCGACAACGACUGCGACUGUUGGCAAAAAGACGGAAAGCUAAUGGAUCAACCAUUGAUCAUAUAGAAUAACGAUGAUAUGCUUCCAGAGCGAUUAAGUUAUGUGUUUGCUUUCCAUUGACUUUAUGCAAGACUUGUGUCUUUUACAAAAAUAAGAAACAAUUACAUCCAGAGUCAGUUUUCAUCUUUUAAUAUCAUAAUAAGACACAUUAUGCUACUCAGACAUUUUGUCCAAGCUUUCAACACAAAGAGAAACAUAAACUUCCAAUUUUACCCUUCUUCCUCUCAGCAAUUAAGGAAAAAAAAACACAUGUUUUCUCUACGUUACUCAGAAAAAAAGACGACACCUCUUCUACUCAUCAGCCGCCAACCACUACUCCCACUUCUCCUCUUCCGUCUUCUGUUCCUCCUCCUCCUCCUCAGCCGUAUACUCCAGCACCUAUUACUCCUCCUGAAUCCCUUACUCGAAACCCUCCACCUUCAAUCUCAGGACCACCGUCGAAUCCGUUGAGAAGCAGCAGAGGAAGAUCUCCUCGGACUCCAUCUUCGUCGUCUCCUUCUUCAGAUGGGUUAUCAACAGGGGUUGUGUUUUGUAAAGCCAUAUGAGGAGUCAUUUUCUUGUGAUAGUGAUUCUGGUUUGUCUUCCUUGUAAGAAGAAUCGAAGAAGAUGCUUACUAUGCUCCUCCCCACCACUUCCGAAUUCCAAAGGUAUUAGCUUGUUAGAGAAUUGAAUUUUUUUAUGAAAUUAAUCUUAAUUUGUUAUAAAGUUUCAAUUUUUUUUUGCAAUGUUUUUGCAUUGGUGCUUGAAUCUGGAGACACUAAGUCUCAUGCCUCUGUACUUUCUAACAGUCUCAACAGUAGUCAAAUGCUAUCCUACUUCUUUUAAAAAGUAUAAUAAUGUUACGGAAGCGUAUGAAUUUGCUUACUGGUUUUCUGGAGUUCAGUUUUAGAUACAAAUUGUUACUUGUUAUUAGAGGAUUGUUUUUUGGCAUACUUUGAUGUUAUCGAA